AUGAAGAAAGGUACCUCCUUCGUAUGGGACGAGCCUUGUCAACGGGCCUUUGAAGAGAUCAAAGCUUAUCUCUCAAACCCGCCUGUCCUUACGGCUCCGAUAUCAGGAAAACCAUUCCUCAUCAACAUCAGGGCUAUGGAGCAUUCUCUAGGCGCCUUCUUGGCACAAAAUGACGAUGUUGGCCACGAGCAGGGCAUCUACUACCUAAGCAGAACCCUACAAGGCGCAGAACAACGGUUCCCAAUGGUCGAAAAGGAGUGUUUGGCCUUAGUAUUCGCCAUCCAAAAGAUGCGACACUACUUGGUUGGCCAGACCAUCCACGUCAUUUCCCGAAUAAACCCCAUCCGAGUUUUCAUGACACAGCCUGCGGCCUUAAACUGGCGUUUGGCCAGGUGGGCACUCCUAUUGUCUCAGUAUGACAUUCACUUCAUGCCACAGAAGUCAGUCAAAGGACAGGCUAUCUGUGACCUUAUGUCUAGUCAUCCGCUAGGGGCAAAGACUGACCUAUUCGAAGAUUUGCCAGAUGAGCCCCCUGAGGUCAACACGACUUCGUCACCAGAGGUUUGGCAAAUGUUCUACGAUGGUGCGUCUCGCGUAGGCACGAGCGGCUCUAUUGUUGCAGGAGUGGGGGUGGUCCUCACUUCUCCACAUAACCACGUGUUGCCCCGAGCCUUUUCUUUAAUAGAGCCAUGCACCAACAACGUGGCUGAGUACAAUGCGCUACUCAUCGGGCUCGAGUUAGCAAAAGAGUUAGGGAUAAACUGUCUUGAGGCUUAUGGCAACUCUCAACUCAUCGUCAAGCAGAUGACCGGCGAGUACGAAGUUAGAAACGAUAAUUUGAUCCCGCUCCACAAAGCAGCUAUCAAGCUAGUGGAGUCAUUCGAGAGUUUCCGCAUCGAGCACGUGCUCCAUUCUAGGAACACGCAUGCGGACGCCCUCGCAUCCUUGGCGGCUAAACUGGCCUAG